AUGGCGAGGAGUCUGAGCGCGAAAAUCGGUCCGUCAAUCCUGAACGCCGAUCUGGCGCAGCUUCACGAGGAGUCGCAAAAGUUGUUAGAUAAUGGCGCGGAUUACCUGCACUUGGACGUGAUGGACGGUCACUUUGUGCCGAAUCUCUCGUUUGGCCACCCGGUCGUCAAGUGUCUUCGCGGCAAAAUAAAAGACGCCUUCUUCGAGACGCACAUGAUGGUGUCCGCUCCGGAGAAGUGGAUUGAACCCAUGGCCGACGCUAGCGUAGAUCAGUAUACAUUCCAUGUGGAACCAGUAGAGGAUGUUCCUCUAGUUUGCAGAAAAGUGAGGGAAGCGGGAAUGAAGGUUGGUGUGGCACUCAAGCCAGGAACACCUGUGGAUGUGGUGACAGACUAUGCAGAUCUAGCAGACAUGAUCCUAGUGAUGACUGUAGAGCCUGGUUUCGGUGGGCAGAAGUUUAUGGAACCGAUGUUGAAGAAAGUAGCGUGGUUAAGGGAGAAUUAUCCUGAACUGAAUAUUGAAGUCGACGGCGGAGUUGGACCAGCUACAAUUGAAGCUUGCGCAAAGGCUGGCGCUAAUAUGAUUGUAUCUGGCACGGCUGUUAUAAGUUCUGCCGAUCAGGCUAAAGUAAUAGCAACUCUUAGAGACACUGUAAAUUGUUAUUUGGGUCACAAUCGUUCAACAUAGCAACAACAAUUGAGGAUACUGUAAAUGUACAAAGCAUUCCUGCGAUAAAUUAUAUAAUUUUAUAUAUACGAAAAUAUAUAUGUACAAAGAUCUGUAUUUUUAAUACAUUGACAAUUAAAAUUUAAGAUGACU